CAGGUCUAUAUAUGUUCUGAAUACUUUACGUGUGUGACUGACAGUUUCUAUAUCUUUUAGGUAUGGUACUCAAUUUAGUGAAGUAUUUUAGAUCGCGAAUUUCUGGUGGUUACUCUCACACGAAAACAAUAUGGAUGCCUGCAUUCUGCCGGCCAUUCGAUUUGGGAACGUUUUACAAUGUCGGGACCGAAGAAGUUAUUCCAAUCUACAACUUGUGCUCCACUCUAGAUUCGAAGAGCAUCACCACACGCAAUGACCGCAUUAGUUUUUCGCUGAUUGGAUCAGACAAUCUGAGUGACAAAUUCGAAAGCCUCAAUGUAAGCAGUUCACUUCAAAUCAGUAUACUAGCAGGUAUGAUUGAGCCAGAAGGAUCUGGCAGCUUCCUGAAGAGGAAAAAAGGACAAAUUCGCGAGUCCAGCAUUCACGUUAGAUGUCACUGUCUCACUGCAGUCAAGGGAAUUCAACUUAACCUUCCUAAUACCGCGAAGCCGGUGGUUUUCAAUUCUCAAGAGAUCAUAAAUAGCGGAGCAACUCAUGUCGUUACGCAAAUUCAAUACGGAGCCGAAGCUACCUUCACUUUCAGCCAACAACUCAAAGAAACAGAUGACGAGCAAAAAGUGAGCGCUAGAUUAGCAGCGAGUGGCAAAAAUCUUCUUCGAGCACUCGAGGGAAAGGUAGAAAUCAAUGGCGACGUCAAGCCUUCAGAAAAACACAACGAGACGGACAUACGCUGUCACUUUGAAGGUAAUUUUCAACUUUCCAAACAAGAAAAUGCUCCGACAACAUACGAAGAAGCCGUCCAGUUUGCCAGCGGAUUCACCAAAACUUUAUCGGAUUCCAUAGCCAAAGAUUCGGCAGAUGGAAACAAGCCACUCGGUGUCCCUUGUUUUGUUGGGCUCUACCCCCUAGUCUUGGUGCCAGGAUUUGAAGGCGCUAAAGUUCUUCACAAUGAUCUUGAAUUCACUCAGGUUUCCAAGUACACGCGAAUCAUGGAGGACUAUGAAGCCUUGGACAAAAAGCUUUAUUCCAUGAUAAGUGACCCCAAGACGAAUCAAAUUCGGCCAUUUAAAAAGAAGCUACACGAUUUCCAGCAAAAUUGCCAUUUAUUCAAUAGAGACCUCAAAACGAAGUUGAGAGACUCGGUCAUCAACAUUCGCAGUGGUCGUCAAAAGAACCAAGAAGACUCUUCCUUCAGGAAACUGAUGGAACGCAUCAUCAGUGAUCGGCAAUUUUCUUUCAAUCCAAAUCGCCUCGAAGUCUGGCUGUCGGAGAAGCACCGCGAAAUUUGUCUGAUGAAAAGAUUUCAAGAUGUUUUAAAAGAAAAAGUCAAAAGUCAAGAAAAAAUCCUUUUCUUUCCUUCCCCGGAAAAAUUACAAGAAACCAUGAUCGAUUCCAAAGUUCGAUUCGGCUUCGAAAUCGCUUUUCAUGCGAUAAAACGGCCAGAGCCUUUUUUGGCACUAAUGGAAAAACCUGUAUUCGAAAAAGAUGUAAACGAUUACCAAGCAGCAAUCGAACCUAAAACUAAAGAGGACGUGCCGUGGUACCAAAACGAGCGAAUCGAAAAAGAGAUGAGCAUUUUCGCCAAGUUAGUCAACGGAAAUUUCGAAGAUGAGACCUUUGCAUUAACCGCACCUGAUAACGAGGAUGAAGACGAUGUCCACACAUCUGGACUGCCAUUUGCUGUUUACUAUGGAGGUAUUAAGCAUUAUGGAGGCAGCGCACUCCUGGUUUUAUGCAAGCAUUACCAAAAACCCAAUCUACUUGAAAUCCUUCAGUUACUUUUCGAUCGCAAUAUAGACGUCAACUCUGUGGACAAAGAAGGGUUGAAUGCUCUCCUUAACUUAUGUCAAUAUUACAAAGAAGAUAAUUUAAUUGAUAUAAUUCGAUUUUUACUUGAACAACAAAUCAAUAUCAAUUAUCAAGACAAGGACGGAUGGAAUGCUCUCUCUUACGUAUGUCGAUUUUAUAAUAAGGAAAAUUUAAUUGAUAUCAUUCGACUUUUACACUCUCAGUUUUUUGGGGGUAUUCGAGGGUAUUCGAACUAG